AUAAGGACUCGCAUGCACAUAGUAAAUCUUUAUCUGGUUGAUGCAUUCCACAAAGAGAAAGCCUAUAAUUAAGAAUAUUAAUUGUCUCCAAUCAAUCUCAUAAAUGGGAACUGGUACUUAUGGAGAAGUGGGACGUACAAUACAUCAAAGAUCAGGAACACAUAUACCUCAAAUUCUCGAUCCGCCUUUGCUAGGGGAUAGUGAUUGCAAGCGAGAAGGCAAACAUGUAGAAUUUAUGCCUCCAAUCAUGGGUGAAAACUUAAAAGCAGCUAAUCAAUUUGAACUGAUGGCCCCGUCAAUUGCAUUCAAAUCAUAUCCCUAUUCGGAGGUACCACAAUAUUCUGGUGGCAAUGUGGCUGCUGCAUGUGGUGAAUCUUUGGUACAUCAAAAUAUAGAAAGAUCAGUGCAUAAUGGUAGAAUGAUUUUGCCAAUUGAAGUGAAGGAGGAGCCUAUGUAUGUAAAUGCCAAACAAUACCAUGGAAUUCUAAGGCGAAGGCAACUUCGUGCAAAGGCUGUGUUGGAGCAAAAAGUGGUUAAAUCUAGAAAGCCUUAUCUUCAUGAAUCUCGGCACCGGCAUGCGAUGAGAAGAGCUAGAGAUGGUGGAGGCCGAUUUCUCAACACAAAAAAGAAGAUCCAACUUCCUGCUAAUAAUAAUAUUAAUACAACUACUCCAAGUAGUAAAGGCAAAGGUUGUGCAGCCUCGGAAGUCAGUUCCAUGGACUCUGAUUUCUCUCAAAAUUACUUGCUCAAUUCUGGACAUAUUGGAUCAUCCAAUGCUACUUCUGUUGAAGGAUUCCAGUUCCAAGGAAUACAUAAUACAGAUAAUCCUCAAUUGGGUUGUCAUUAUCAGUGGAAUCUCAAUGACAACCAUUGCUAUUGCAUGCAGUCAGGAGCUUCUAAUCUCCAACCAUUUUGAAAGAAUGAUAGAGUAACUCGAUCUAGUAUUCUCUGAUUUGGUCUUCAAACCAUAUGAAUGAUACACUAGCACUAGUUUAAAAAGAUGGGAGUUAUGUAAGUAUCUAAUAUCCCUGCAGCUGCAACUUUAUCUGUUAUAAACACUACUGUAGUAGUACAAGUUUUGGGGUUUGUCACUAUGCUUUAAAGUACUGUCUAACUUUCGUUCAACGGGGAGAUAAUUUGAGGGAAAUUUUAAUCAUCCAUG